AUGGACGGAAACAACCACCCCGGGAGCCGGGGAGGGUUCGGCGGCAUCUUCGGAGGGGCCCCGGGUUACCCGCAUGGAGACCUGGCCGGGGUACCUUUAACAGGAAUGAGCCCUCUCUCUCCAUAUUUGAACCUGGAUCCCAGAUAUUUAACCCAGGACUCAGAAGAGUUUAUUUUGCCUACUGGUGCAAACAAGACGCGAGGAAGAUUUGAACUGGCAUUUUUCACAAUCGGAGGAUGCUGUAUGACAGGAGCAGCCUUUGGUGCACUUAACGGGUUGCGCCUUGGAUUAAAAGAAACCCAGGAUAUGGUCUGGUCCAAGCCCAAGAAUGUUCAGAUUAUGAAUAUGGUCACAAGACAAGGUGCGAUGUGGGCGAACACUCUGGGAUCGUUAGCAUUAUUGUACAGUGCCUUUGGGGUCCUAAUUGAGAAGACCAGAGGAGCAGAAGAUGACCUGAACACUAUAGCAGCUGGUACAAUGACAGGCAUGCUGUACAAAUCUCCAGCUGGAUUACGGGGAGUAGCACGCGGUGGACUGGCAGGCUUUGCUUUUACAAGUAUCUAUGCUUUAUAUAACAACUGGGAACACAUCAAGGGGUCUUCAACACGGCUAUCAUUAUGA